AUGGCUAAGAAAAAGGCUAAAACUAAGAGCAAACAAGUAGCUAAGCCAGUUCCUGUUAUUGAUAAUAUAACUAACGAUGUCAUAGCAGCUGCGUAUAGCGCCGCAACUCCACCAUUAAUACCAGUAUUCUUGAAAGUUUGUCGGCUCUGCGAAAGUAAAGAUGGACCCUUCUUAAACAUUUUCGAAGCUGAUAGAUUAACGGCGAAGAAGAUAGAGGAUCUGAUGCCUUUUAGUGUAGCUGAAAAUGAUGAUCUUCCACACAAAAUAUGUUUCCGGUGUUCAGCCAAGCUGGAAGAACUUUAUGAGUUUAUACAAAAAUGUAUUAAAACACAACAAAAUUUACGCAAUGCAGUAGGAAAGAUAGGUUCUUUUGUAACUAAAUCUAAGAUGGGCAAGAAAUUAUGGGAGGAGAAAUUAAAUAAAUCCAAUAUGUCUAAUGAUGACAUAUGCGAUGCUUUAAUCAAGAAGGCAAUGGAGGGGAUUAAAAGUAUUCCAGUGGCCUCAUCAAUGGAUAAAGAAGAAUCUGUCCUAGAAACUAAAAGAAAGACAAGAAGUAAAGAACCGGUUGUAAAAAAUGAUAUAAGUGAACCUACAAGUAAUGAAAGUGAUGAGGCAACACUCAGACAGGUUUCUUUAGAGAAAAAUGAUACAAAACCAUUCUCAAAUAAAGUCACAAGAUCUAGUAAACAAGGUGUGAUAGAGACUGAACAGUUGGAAACCCCUAUAAAAGUAGAAACAGUAGAAGCAAAAAAAUCAUCCGUAUCAAAAUCUAAGAAAUCAGAUUCAGUACAAUCUAUAAAGCUAGAAUCAUCAGAAUCUACUACACAAAAUUACACAAAAGCAUCAACACAAAAUCCUACACCUACUUUAAAUAGUCUUAGUUAUGACUAUGAGGCGCCAGCUGCAGUGAGACAAACACAUAAUGAAGAAGAGAAGAAAGAACACCCUCAAAAACCUUUUAAUAUAAUGGAUCAUAUUACCAUGAUUAAAGUUAAUGGUGUCGGCAUACUAUUUCAAUGUAAAUUAUGCAAUAGAAAUUUUUUAAAACUAGAUGUUGUUGAAUCUCACAGUUGUGCCAAAAAUGGUGUACCUAAGGUUGAUUUACCUAAAUCUGUACCAGCACCAGAACCACCCAAAGUGCCCUCAGUUAAAUAUAUAAAAAUUGAUAGUGAUAUGAAGAAAACACUCACUGAAAAAGUGAAAUUAGCUGAAAAAUAUGAAAAUGAGAAAACGGAAAUUUAG